AUGGUAGAGCGGUUCACUCUUGCCAAGAGUUUCUGGCUCCGGCGGGACCGAGGGUUCUCCGUCAAGGCCAUGUGGAACUUGAUGAUGGCUGCGUAUCUGUUCAAGUCAGACCGCGAUCUGUUCUACUACAGCAAUCUUUUGGUCACAAAGAAGAACUCCUCACUUGUCAGAUACGCCUCCAAGACGUCCUGUUGGGUCACUGGGCUGAAGCUAUGCUUGGCAAUAGAGGAGCUCCGAAACCGUGGCAUGCUCAGCAUGGGAAUCUGCCGUUACUGCUUCGACAAGGUUGAGGCGAAGCUGGAUUUCCUCGACUUUGAUCUCUCAGACCCCGAAGAAGCCGUUGAACAGGAAAGACAACGCACCCUGCCUGAGAUCAUGCCGAAUGGCGAUGUCAUCCUCGUCGUUGGUCCCCACAAGAUCAAGAUUCAGCUCUCCUCCCACCUUCUCAGCAGCACUUCGCCUGUGUUCGCCGCCAUGCUGGGCCCCAACUUCAGAGAAGGGGCCCUCCUCCGAGAAAGCGAGGGUCCUGUCGAGAUUGCCCUCCCGGCAGACAACGCCAAAGCGCUCUGGCAUAUCUACAACGUCCUCUAUGGAGCACAUCCUCGCGCACACAAACUUGAUCCGGAUGAGCUCUAUAACGUGGCCUCCCUAGCCCACAAGUACGACCUGGUUGAGCGGCUGGCGCUUGCCCGCGAGGCUUGGUUCGCUGACAGCGAUAUGUACUCCUUCGAGUCCACCGAGGAGAAUUGGAAGAUGUUGGUAGCGGCGUACUGGCUCGAGAGCGAGUAUGGUUUUGCACACCUGAGCCAUCGGUUGAUUGAGAAGCCGCAACAGCUUCUUUACAUCCAUGGAAUGGAAACCCCCGAUCAGGUACUCGGCCUGAAGCUCUGCUGUAAGUAA